AUGGCUGGGAGGAGAGUGAUUAUACUUCUUUUUAUUUCAGUGUGUGCAGAAACUUACAAUCCUGAUGAGGAAGAGGACGACACAGAAUCUAGGAUUAUUCACCCUAAAACAGAUGAUCAAAGAAAUAGACUGCAGGAGGCGUGCAAGGACAUUCUUCUUUUUAAGAACCUAGAUCCGGAACAGAUGUCUCAGGUGUUAGAUGCGAUGUUUGAAAAGCUGGUUGAAGGAGGGGAACAUGUCAUUGAUCAAGGGGAUGAUGGUGACAACUUCUACGUCAUUGACAGAGGUACAUAUGAUAUUUAUGUAAAAUGUGAUGGUGUUGGGAGGUGUGUUGGAACCUAUGAUAACCGAGGAAGUUUUGGUGAGUUGGCCUUAAUGUACAAUACACCCAGAGCAGCUACAAUUAUAGCUACCUCUCCUGGUGCCAUCUGGGGUUUGGACAGGGUAACAUUCCGAAGAAUCAUUGUAAAAAAUAAUGCCAAAAAGAGAAGAAUGUAUGAAAAUUUUAUUGAGUCGUUGCCAUUCCUUAAAUCUUUAGAAGUAUCUGAGCGUUUAAAAGUGGUUGAUGUGAUUGGCACCAAAGUGUACAAAGAUGGAGAACAAAUCAUUGCUCAGGGUGACUUGGCUGAUUCUUUUUUCAUUGUGGAAUCUGGAGAAGUAAGAAUUAUAAUGGCAAGGAAGGGUAAACAAGAUGUAGAAGAGAAUGGAGCAGUUGAAAUAGCUCGAUGCUCAAGAGGACAAUACUUUGGAGAACUUGCUCUUGUAACUAACAAACCACGAGCCGCUUCUGCAUUUGCUCUUGGCACUGUCAAAUGUUUAGUUAUGGAUGUGCAGGCAUUUGAAAGGCUUUUGGGACCUUGUAUGGAAAUUCUGAAAAGAAACAUUGCAAACUAUGAAGAGCAGCUAGUUGCUCUGUUUGGAACAAACAUGGACAUUGCCGAUCCCAGUGCAUGA